UUUGACCCCAAAGGAGUUUGUCUCACAAUUUCAAUUUCUAAUCUAAUUGGGUUAUAGAGAUUUUAAAAACCGACAAGAACUCAGUUCCUUUAUAGCAAUAUUUGUGAACUAGUUCCUACUGAUGAUGAAAUGGUAUGAUUACCGAUUAAGCUACUUCAACCUGAAAACUACUAAAUCCUCCAAUGCUCUGUCUGAAUCUGAAAUUCAAAAGAUUUGGAUUCCUCAUAUUGUUUUCAUUAAUACAGAGAGUAAUGAAGCUACAGUUAUAGGUAAAGGAACUGAGGUAACUGUGACUAGAGAGGGUAAUUUUACAAGAAGUUCAUCAGAUGUUAUGGAAGAAAUCAACAUAUUUCAAGGAAAGGAAAAUAUUCUUGAGUUUCAAGAAGUUUAUACAAAAACAUUUAAAUGUGAAUAUGAACUUCAAAUGUAUCCUUUUGACACACAGAAAUGUCAAGUUGUGAUGAUGGUCCGAGAUUUAGAAAAGAGAGUUUUAAUGAUAACUCCAGAUAGCAUAAUGAUGGAAGGAGAUACAGUACUAACACAGUAUAUUAUUCUCUCGUGGAAACUAGAUUAUGUGAAUCAAACGUCUCCAACGGAUGGAAUCACUGUUGGUAUUUUGCUAAAGAGAAGAAUAAUCAAUGAGAUCCUGACAACCUUCCUUCCUUCCUUUCUUCUUAUCGUUAUUGUUUACACAACUAACUUCUUCAAACCCUUCUUCUUUGAAGCUUUGGUUACGGUCAACCUAACAGCACUGCUUGUGCUAACUACAUUGUUCAUCAGUGUUUCAGGUUCUCUGCCUCCUACAGCAUAUGUAAAAAUGAUUGACAUUUGGCUCAUUUUUGCGCAGAUGAUUCCAUUUUUUGAGGUUCUUCUGCACACAUAUAUGGACAGCAAAAGAAAAGAACAGGAAGUUAAUCAUCAUGGAUCAAGACGAAGAGUUAAACCAAAAUCACCAAUAAUGACCAGUAGAAUGUACGAGAGAAGUUUAAUGGCAAGAAAUGAGGAAGUGGAGGUGAAUGCCCGAAAAAGGUUCUAUGCUUCUCUAUAUGAUGAUGAAUUCCAUAUAAGGCUUGGUGAAAUAACAGCAAAGAUAUGUUUACCAGUGUUCAUUUUCAUAUUUUCCCUGGUUUACUGGACUUAUGGAUUAUCUUACUAUUUUUCCAACGGAUAUUAUCUAUAGAAUAUUAUAAAAUAAAUGCUUGUUUAUUUUU